CGGUGAAGUGGCAGCUGCGGUGAUGAAUCAAAACAGGAACAAUCAAGAUGAUAAUAGUUAUCAAAACGUGGGUCGUGGCUCGCGGGGUUUCCAAAAUCGACCUGGCUCGGUGCAAGUACACCCGAAUCUAAAUCCUAAUUAUCAGAACCCUGUAGACCUGGUCCACAAUUUCAAUCGCAAUAGGCAACCGCAAGAACCGGAAGAGAAUAUUUACGAGAGGUUGGACAAUGACGACGACGACGACGAUGAACGUGUUGAAAAUAACAACGAAGCUGCUCACAAUGAAGCUGCUGGGCAGAAUAAUCAACGUAACAUGGAUGAUCACAUGUACGAGAGGAUAGAUGAUCGAUAUUCCUGCGCCAAUCGAAAUUACUCCCGUUGCUACAAGUAUCAUAUCCUGAACCACUAUAUCCCAAGUUUUUUAAACGACAUGGAAUCUAGAAAUCAAUAUGAUCAACCGCGACAAUUUUAUCUAGACUCCUCGCGAUUGACCAAUCAAUUCUGUCAGAAUAGACUAGGUAGAUUAGGGCGCAAUUGUUUUUCAACCGAGAACAUUGCUUACGCGUCGACCGGACGUGCCGUUUAUCCGCUCGGUUACAACUGCGUGUGUUCGUUCUGCAAACACUUGGACACAAGAUAUUUGUGUCAUCAUUGUCAUAAUCUACAUAACAGAUUGCGUUAUCAGGACGCUUUUUCAAGUAAUUCGAGACAUUACAUAUACCAGUUGCCAAGGAACUGCAGAUGCCCCUUCUGCCGUGGCGAAUAUUCCCACGUGAAACUGCCUGUUACGUCUUGCCACUGUAGAAACCCUAACAAUUGUUCUUGCAGAGGCAAGGUCCUACCGAAUUGCAAUUCCGCCGCUCAAUUCAGUAAAUACCUUGACUGGAUCAGUAGAGGUAGCCCAUCGGUUAACAAUCCUCUUUACGCUACGGUCCACAUUGCCAGACCUUCCGUCUCGACUCUGAGGAACGCAAGUAGCGGUGCCAACGUAUCCGUAGAGGCGACAGCCUCGACGUCGAAUACGUCGGCAUCAGCCUCGAGCAACGAGCCUGGCACGUCGACGAGGCCGAUCUUCCCUUCGCAAAACCCUUCCACUUCUUAUCCCGUUUGCUCCGUUAAUCGGUCGGAGCGUCAGCACACGUGCGACGAUUCCUGCAUCAGAAAUCAGAGCGGAAGCGUGGCUGGCAUUUGCCAAUUUCUUGGUAGAUGCGAAAGGGCCGAAUGCAAUCAUGGUAGAUUGUCUGUGCAUUGGUUCGUGAACAGGUGGUUCCCACCUUGGAACGUUCACUACUUCGAUAGGAACGUUGACGCUGUUCCGCCGAUGGAGGAGGAAUCUCGAGAACAACAAGACAGUGAUAGUGAUGAUACUUAAUUUCGAUAUAAUAAUACUUUUAUAUUUGAUUUCCAUGAUUUAUUGCCAUUCUUUUUUUAAUGGACUUUCCCCUUAGAUGAGAGUACAAUUUUAUAAUUAGCGAUUUACACGUGAAUUUUGGUAUUAGUAUUCAUUGCAACUUGAAAAAAAGGUUUAACUAUUGACAAUAAAAUUUUAAUUCCACUUGGAAAUGUCAGAUAGAUUACGUGUAGCAAUAAUCAAAGUUUUAUUUCAUUAACCCUUUGGCCUACAACCACGAGUGAGACUCAUGGUGACGAAUUUGUGCCAUAAACGAAAACUACGAAUCAAACUCGUGGUAAGGAAUAAGAAAUCGACCGACCUUCUUGUUUACUAUGGCCCGCGCAAGCGAGAGAGCGCGUAGACCAAGGGGUUCAUGAUACACUUGAUAUACAAAGAACACUCGAAGUUAAUUUGGAUUCGGUUCUGAUUCAAUCAAAUUUUAUCGCAGAAUAAUUUCCGAGAGAAAUUGUGUGUUCUAUAUACAAUAUAGAUAGGAUUAUAAGAGCAUAAGAAUUGUAUAGAAAUUGUAAUUUUUAUAAUUCAAUUUCGUAUAUGUAUGUACCUCAUUUUGAGCAUCGUUGCUGAGCCAAAGAGAGAAUGCUUUUGUCAUAUUUUUUCAAUUCUAGUAAUACGAAGCUUCUGAGAGCACAAAUGCAUUCUUUCGGAAAGACGAAAAUAAUUAGAAAAAUGUUAAGAUUAUCAUUAAUUAGUUUAACGAAAUAUUUCGAAUUCUAUGUCACGAGCUGCGGCUAAAUAUGUUGGUAAGUAGUUUGAUUUUAAUUAUUGAUUAUUGUAAAUAAGGUAGCGGUUAUUUAAACGACGAUUGUUGAAAAUAGUUUUAUACGAUUUACAUGUUGGACAGGAUAAUUGGGUUGACUCGUAUUGUUCGAACAAAUGGAUACACAUAUUAUUAGCCAGUAUUAAUUCGGUUUUUAAAACAUAAUAUUGAAACUUGUAAUGAAUAUUCAACACGUAAUACACAUAUCCUUGAUCGUUAGAAAUUAAUUCGUAGAUAAAAUGUCGAAGACAUGUCUGCGCCUAAUAUUAAUGAAACAUGUUGGGUCAAUUUCUUUAAUUACAGCAGCCUCGAGAACAAACUUGCCAAAUAUACUUUCUUUGUUUAAUAAAAACACUGUAUAAAAAUCUUCCAUCUUUUUAAUUCGUUCCAAGAGUUGGAAUUUAAAGAUUUAAUUGCGGUUCAAUGAGAUCGAUUACAGGUAUGAUCGUAAGCUCAGUGCAUGUAUAUAAAACGUCUGAAAAAUCAAUUUUUAUAUGGAACACAUUUAGCGUGAGAGAAAUUUAAACAGUAUUCAUGAUUGCACGUUCGACGCAAUAGUAACGAGACACUCGUACGAAGUACUUAGGACUUAUAAUUGCUAGGCGAUACAUUUUUUACUGUACUACGAAAGUGUGAAUAAUAAAGAGGAUAAAUCUGAA